AUGUCUUCCCAGACCGUCGUGGAGACGCCCUCGACCGAGACGCUUCUAGGGUGCGAGUCGGAGGAGCCGGCGCCGCGGUACCCGCCAUCCAAGGAGAGGAGCCUCACGGAUCUGCUGCGCCGCGAGUACGAGCUUGCCACGAGCGCGCGUCCGAUUCACCCGCCCGAUACCGCCGCCAAGAUUGCGCAGGGCUUCCCGGCGCCGGCGCCGUUCUGGGUCGGUCUGCGGCCCUUCAUCCUUCUGAUGCCCUUCACUGGCGUCGGCCCGGCCGUCUUUCUCAUGUCGCACGGCAGCGCCGCGUACAUCUGCUGCGCAGCGCUCCUGUACGCCUACCUCGCCUUUUCGGGCUACCGGAUGGGGCGCGGCGACCUGGCGCUGGCGUUCGGUCGCACCAGCAGUGACGUGCACUCGUACGCCGGCAGCCCCAACGUGAUCCAGUACCUGAUGCUCAUGAUCUGGCUGCCCGUCUGGUUCACCUCCCUCUCGUGCAUCUUCAGCAGCGCGAUUGUCCCAAAGCCGCUGCUGGCUGUCGCCGCCUUCUGGGGCGCCCUCUUCUUCAAGAACGGCGUGUGCAUGUCGGUGGUCCUUCACCGGUACGCGUCCCACGCGGCCUUCAAGUACUGCGACACGACGGCGCGCGACCCGCACUCGCCGGCGCUCAUGGGCGUGAUCAACGCCUUCACCUUCUUCCUCUCCGGCGCCACCUUCGACGACGUGAGCUACUAUGGCGAGACUCUGUGCUGCCUCUUCGUCUCCUUCACCUCCUCGUGGGUCGGGAUGGUCGCCACCCUCUGGUUCAAUGUCCGCAACCACCCCAUCGGCGGCGCCGAGGACAAGGCGGCGACCGGGAAGAACCACUUCAGCGGGGGUGUCCGCCGCUCCUCCGUCACCAACAAGGCGUGCGACGCGGUGGAUUCGCCGAACACAAUCGGAGAGUGGCCGCUCUACGUCUUCCUCGACGGCAUCUCGUCCCUCAUCUCGCCGUCGGUGGGCGAGGACGACCACGACCACCACCACACGCACCCCAACCUCGCCGUCCGGCCGGGCCGGUGGGGAGACUUGCCCGGCGCGAUGGUCGUCGGCGCGCUCGAGGCGGCCGGCCUCGCGCGCAACGUCGUUCGGCAGCGGAACGGACGCAGUUUUGGCGAUUGCGUCCUGACGGCCGACGACAAGUCGCCCAAGACGGACUAGCUUUGGCUUCCCCUCAAGUGGUGGAGACGGCGCCGGGAGCUGAACUCUCCCUGUCCCUCACACCGACCUGAAAUGGUCGCGACCCCAAAUGUCGCCAUCCGCAAUCCCUCGCGGCGCCGAGACGCCCCAGACGAAGAGAGCAUAGUCAGCUCCUUGUCUCAAGCUUACUCGAUCUCUUGUGUGGUCCAUUGACGUACACUUGCAGCGUGCCAACUGCCAAGCCCUUUGAGCGUGUCUUGUCUGAUAUUGGUGCCCCCUCGGUUCCGCGCCUUUCUCUGUCACGCCUCUUGCAACUCGCUCGGGAGCGGGAGAGGGUGUGCGCGAAUAUUUGUUAUGUGUCUAUU